GAGCUACACUAUGCGCUAACUGAACGAUGGUACCACAGCUCUCCGUACGGCUAAGAAUGACCUUAUUAAUUAUACCUGGCGUCGCUUGUUGACGGUGUACUUUGGGCCAAGGUCUACGGACGAAUGGAAGGCACCACACUGGAAGAGACCACUGACAGGCUCCGGAGCCUAUUACGCCAAAAGGUUCCCGAGCUGCUGCUGCAGGCGGAAUGCGGCGGGGGGCUGGAGCUGCCCUCGCCGCUGCCAUGGGGCUUCGCCAGUGUGCCCUCCCUGUACGAGCUGGCGGAUACGGCGGAGAAGGAGCUGUACGACAUGCAGCAAAUGUACGACAGCAGGCGGCGCCGCGGCGGUGGCGGUGGCGGCGGCUCCUGCCGCGAGGAGGAGCAGCAGCCGGUCCAGCAGGCCGAGGAGCAGCCGGGGCAGCAGCAGCCGCUAGAGCAGGAGGAGCAGCGACAGCAGCAGCCGGAGGCCUUCAGCGGGCAGGGAGGCGGGGAGGCCGGGGACAUGCCAGGAGAGGUCGCAUCCUCACCCCAGGCGGCUGGGGAGCCACCUCCUGUGGCGGUAGUCGCAGGCGACGGGGAAGCUGGGAUUGCAGCAGAGACUGCUGAAGGCGGAAGCCUGGCUGGUGGUGAAGGAAUUCGAGUCGAAGGGACGGAGGGGCAGCAGCGGGACGCGGCGGCUUCGUUGGAAGGAGGGGGAGGAGCCGCGCCUGCGGGGAGAGGUGCGGCCGGCAGCGGUGGCAACGAAGGCGGCGGAGCUGGGGGAAAAGCUGAAGGAGCAGGUGGAGGAGAGGGUCCCGGCCCAGAAGCCGCUCCAGAAGGUGGUGACGAUGCGGAGGGAGCCGCUGAAGACCGCACCCUUGAAGCUGCCGGCACUAGCCCGCACGAAGGCCGGAGCUGCCUGCAAGGGUCGCAACCUUGCCCGGACGCAAACGCCCUCCUCCCUGAUGAGCCACCCCGUCGGCCGUACGCUUGUACGGCGUUCUACGACAGUCUGCUGCAGAGUCGUACAUAUCGCAGCCCGCACUGCGAGGGGGCCAUGGUGGAGGCGCUGGGGCUGGGGGAACUGUAUGAAGGACUGGCGGGGUCGGGGCUGCGGCCGCCGCCUGCUCGGGAGCAGCUGGAGGCGCUGCGGGGGCUGCUGCGGGGGCACAUCAACGCGCGGUGGGCGCUGGAGGCGGUCAAGCAGGGCGUGGCGGCGGCAAAACAGGGCAACUACACCGAAGCUCACAAGUGCUAUUCACGAGCCCUGGAGCUCGACCCAGGCAACGCAGAGGCCUACGUGGCCCGAGGCGCCGCACAUGCCAACCAGCGCUCAUUCCAGGAAGCGGAGCGCGACCUGCGGCAUGCCCUGGAUCUGGAUCCAGGGCACCGUAACGCCGCCAACUAUCUGGAUGCCGUACUGCGUCAUGUGGACGAGCAACAGCAGCAACAGCAGCGGCGACAGCAGGAGGAGGAGACGCUUGCUGCUGCGGC